CAUUUUUCCAUCAAUUGAUAGCCUUCUCCUGAAUCAUUUUCGCGUACAAUUUUCACAGCAGGCGGUCGGAGCUCAUGCACCAACUGCAGACACAGAACACCGCGUGUGCACUAAAAAUGGGGCCAUAACGAAACGACGACAUGGCGGGGGUCAAUAUGCGAUUAGUGCGGACGUUGAUAGUUUAUUAUACCUCAGUGGUUGAUAGAUUUGAUUGGACAGAUCCGCCGCUGCAUGUAUGUCCCAACAUGACUGCAUGAGUGCUCCAUUCGGGUAAAAUAGCCUGUAUCUUGUUGUUAAAUUGUAGCCUAUCCUGAUGAAAUUGUGUUAAAUGAAAAUCAUAGAUGUCAUAUAUUGUUUCAUGUUUAUUUGCCCACGCUCGGCUCGAGUCUAAGCAGCCUGUGGCCUCAUUAAUUCAAUCGGUCAUGGACGUUAUUCUCCAUUGCCAUACGCUAGCAUGGAAUCAUAAGCACUACAACGCACAUAGUUAAGAAAGGCUCUGUACCGGACUGAACUGUUGUGUGAAUCUAACGGUUCUUCCAAGUUAUGAGAACCACCCGGAAGCCCCGAUCUUCUCCAGGCACCAAGCUGCUACUGGGACGCUGCUACCGGCUCCGGAUGUCCCGAGUUCGGGUGCUUCUCGUAUGCCUAUGUGGGAUGCUGGCUAUAGCUCUGACACUUGGAUUUUCUUUCUCGAGUAAUGAUACAAGCGAUGAUGAUGACAGUAUUCAUAUGGACGAUAACACACAAUUUCGUGUGCCAGACCUAAUAAGGGACAAGUUGACCCAUAACCCCCGUCGGGCAACUGUGGCCCAGAUCAAGCGUCUGGUGGGCCAGGUGAAUUCAGGUAGACUGUGGUACUCUCUCCUGAGGCCCAUCCUGGUAGAGAGACUGCCAGGUACCAGGGGCAGCCGUAGGGUGCGUGAGCAUAUCUACAGCCAUCUAGAGUUCCUGUCAGCGGGUUGGUCGUUGGAGGUCGACUCCUUCAACUCUGCUACCCCAAAGGGAAUAAUCACCUUCUCCAACCUGCUGGCAGUCCUGGACCCCUCGGCCCCGCGCCGUCUGCUGCUGGCCUGCCACUACGACUCCAAGGCUAUGCUCCCAGCUUCCAAAACCCCCGACGGGCCUCUCAGGAGGUUCCUAGGGGCCAGUGACGCGGCCGUCCCCUGUGCCAUGAUACUGGAGCUGGUGACUGCUCUGGACGUCCACCUGAAAGUGCUAAAACAACAGAAGUCACAGGUGACUUUGCAGUUGGUCUUCUUUGAUGGUAAUGAGGCGUUUGAUCAGCCGAGCCCCUCCGACUCUCUGUAUGGCUCACGUUACCUUGCUGAACAAAUGUCCCGUACACCUCACCCUCCAGGAGCUGAACAUACCACCCUGUUACAUGCUUUGGACCUGUUUGUUCUUUUGGAUCUGAUUGGUGCCCCUGACCCUAUGUUUGUCAACCACUUUGACGACACUGUACGCUGGUUUGAUGAGCUGAUAUAUGCAGAGAGGAGGCUCCAUAAGCUGGGUCUGCUGUCCUCCCACCCCAGAGAGGUGAGCUACUUCAGGAAGGACAUAAACCUGGGCCCUGUGGAGGACGACCAUGUGCCAUUCCUCCAGCAGGGUCGUCUUCCCUGGUCAUCUGUGUUGCUGUUGCCCUGUGUUCCACACCAUGGCACGCCACAGUAAGCUGCAGAAACAGGUGUUGUCUCUGUUCCGCCAGUUCCUGCGUGCUGGCCAGGACAAGCCAGGCUUUCUACCCAGGAUCCGGGAUGAGUUCCGAGAGAACUCCAGCAUCAAGAAGACUGAUGUCAUGCACAUAGAAUAUCUUUACCGGCGCGGACAGAGACAGCUAGACCAGCUGAAAGAUGUGAACACAAAGCAACUAGGAACUUUCUCCAAACCCAAAGCAGAGAGAUGACCAAAACCAUUUCCUUCUCUACCUCUAACUGGAUACGUGGGCAUGCGCUAUGUAAUUACAUUAAUCAUUCACUAGUCAGAUUACUACUCCUUUCAAUCUGCAGCUGAGUAAGUGCAGUCAUUGUCCUAAGCAAUGGCCAUGGAUCUGAACUGUAUGACAUCACUAUUGUCCUCUGUCAGAGAGGUGGACACCACUGAUGAGGAUGUACAUUUGAAAACAGUCUCUGGCCAGUGAGUUUGUUGGGUUGAGCAGACCAGUUGCUCUGGUCAUUGUUGUAAAAUACUUUCAUCUAGCUACAUUAACCUGUUGAGUGUUUUGGAUUUAAAGAUGAUAUCAUCAGUAUGAGAAGUGAAUUUUACUAUUAUUUUAAGUCUAGCUAAUAUUAGUAUAUGCUUACGUGUCACAAGAGGUCAAGUAAUGACAUUAUAUAAUGCUUAUGAAAUGUACGGUAAAUAAACAUGUAUUGUCACAUAUACCAGAUAGGUGAAGUGAAAUAUGUUGUUUUAUAGGGUCAGCCAUAGUAGUAUGGUGCCCCUGGAGCAAAUUAGGGUUAAGUGCCUUGCUUAAGGGCACAUCGACAGGUUUUUCACCCUGUUGUCUUGGGUAUUCAAACCAGCGACGUUUCAGCAGCUGGCCCAACGCUCUAACUUCUAGUCUACCUUCCACUCACAGGUGGCAUCACACAAAUUAGAAAUGCCUGAGUAAUUUAGAUAUUGACUGUCAGAACCAGAAAGUAGCUCAAGCUAACAGCCCAAUCCCAAAUGGAACCCUUGACCCUACUCCCUAUGCACUUGUGGAAAUCUGAAAUUAUUUGGUUGGUAUAAGCAAUAUGGUGAAACUUAGCAUAUGAGAGGGCAAGGUGCAGCUAUUGGCAUAUUGGUUGCACCUGUUAAAUCCUCUCAGAUCUCAAGUGUGUAGGGUUUACUAUAGGGGGAUAUCUCAAUUGCAUUUCCUUGACUCCUGUCCUCUCUCACCUCAUUCUCAAAACCCAUUGGAGGAGAAGGUCAGAGGGGUGUGAGGAGAGAGGACAUGAGGAAGAAAUGCAAUUCAUAUUCUCCCUAGGGGUCCAUUUGAGAUUGGGUCAUAAUCUUGACAGCUCAAUUAUGUAAGGCUCUCGCUUUAGCCGCUAGGUGGCGGUAAUAUGGGUAGAUCUCAGCACAUGUACUAGAAGCAGAAGCAAAGAUGGUGGACAAAUGAAAGAUGCCGUUUACCAUUGAGAAAAUGGUCAGUCCCGGUCUGGUUAACGGGUUGACUCUAGGCACCAAUGCAUUAGCAGCUGGCUCUGGUCUGUUUAUUUCAGGGAUGGGCAACUGGUGGCCCCUUUAAUGUCCCCCAGAUCAAUCCCCCCCUCUAAACGUAUCAUGGUUGAAUUACUUUGUUAGUAAUUUCACUAAGAUAUCAUAUUAAAAACUGCAAACAUUUCUCUCCACCCUAUGGCAAAAUGUGUAGAAUUGCAGGAAAUUAGCUGUAAAACUGUGGCACCUCAUGAUGAAUUCAGAUUUUUUUGUGGCCCCCCACCCCCAUCAAAGUUUCCCAUCCCUGGAUUAGUUAAUUGACUGUGUAACACUGUAUAGGACCAUCUGCUCUUUUCAUGACAUAGACUGACCAGGUGAAUCCAGAUGGAAGCUAUGAUCCCUUAUUGAUGUCACCUGUUAAAUCCAUUUCAAUCAGUGUAGAUGAAGGGGAGGAGACUUUUGAAAUGAGGAUGUUAAGCCUUGAGACAAUGGAUUGUGUUUGUGUGCCAUUUAGAGGGUGAAUGGGCAAGACAAAAGAUUUAAGUGCCUUUGAACGGGGUAUGAUAGUAGGUGCACCGGUUUGAGUGUGUCAAGAAUAGCAACGCUGCUUUGUUUUUCACACUCAACAGUUUCCUGUUUGUUUUAAUAAUCCAACCAACUUGACAUAACUGUAGGAAGCAUUGAGGUCAACAUGGGCCAGUAUUCCUGUGGAACGCUUGACACCUUGUAAAGUCCAUGCCCUGACGAAUUGAGGCUGUUGUGACUACAAAAGAGGGUGCAACUCAAUAUUAGGAAAGUGUUCAUAAUGUUUUGUACACUCAGUGUAUAUAGCCUUAUUUAAGGUAGAUAUAAUUGUUGUCUAUCCAUUGUAUGUUGUCUUUGUCUAUUUUCUAAUAUGAUACAUAUUGCCUUUAAUUAUUGUAAUGAAUGUAUAUUAAAAGCAGUGGUGGAGAAAGUA